AUGGAUCCGAUCGAGUUUAUGGUACAGCAGCCAGAAGCUGCCAUGUCGCAGCCACAGCACUUCCAUGGGAUCCAGCGACAGCAGCAUCAAGGUUGUCCGGUAUUUCGUGUCGACCAUUUCCCCCAUCGGUCGAGCCUUCCUCAUCCAUCUUUCGAGCACAACUCCCGACCACACUCCAACAAUUACCCAGUACCGCAGCAGCAGCCGCAACAGCAGCAGCAGCAACAACAACAUCAACAACAACAACAGGAGCAGCAGCACCAAGAACAGCAAGGACAACAACAGCGAGAGCAGCACCAGCAGCAAUCCCAGCAAUCACAACAACCAGCGCAACAGCAGCAGCCUCGUCCUCAACAUCCCUCACUCCCGCUACCCCACUUGCAAGCGCAGCCUUACCACCAGACAAAUGCACAUAGCCACUACGAUCCAGUGCACUCGGCUAGCAGCUCGUGGACUCCGUAUCAGCCACCGACGGCUCCCCUCCAAUGGCCUGGUGCUUUUGGCAAUAGGCUGCCAGUGCCCGACCAGCUGUACUUUGGCAGCGGUCCGGGCGCGCCUGCCGGAGCGAAUGGUCCAAGUCCAGGCUCAGGCCCCGGCCCUGGCCCUGUGCAACCUCCAUUGAUACCCCCCCCGCAACGUGAUUCUUGGGCUGUGCAACUGCCUUCAUACCGCCGACCUGCUCGAUUUCACGCAGCGGUCCCUCAUCCGAAUAACAUCAGCAACAACAACAACAACAGCGCACCGCCUGUUUCGAUGGAUGGUCACCAAGCAGGUUUCCCUUCACAGCCUUCGCGGGGCAUCAGCCUUCCAUCCUUGAACCCGAAUUCGACACAGUCUCUUUCUCGGCCGACCCCGCCGACUGCAUCAGCUUCUGGAGAGUUGAGUUCGGCUUCGGUCGCUCUCCCACCCGUCAGUCGCCCACCGCUUUUCUCCGCUCCUGAUGAAUUUCCACGACCACCGGACCGAGGGGCUGGGAACGGUGCUCCGACGAUGACGCCGUUCGUACCUCAAUUACCGCGGCCCCCGCUAUUUGGAUCCAUGGAGCCUUUCCAGCGGACAGAUGCCGCUCCCGGCUCCAGUAACUCCAACGCCCCCCCGGACUCUGACCAGGCCAUGUUCCCCCCUCAUUCAAAUCCCGCGAUCCCCCCUGUCCCUGACCGCCGCCGCUUCCAGAACGCUGCCCGCCGUUUGUCGCGUCAAAUCAACACCGCGAGCACCCAACAGUCCGACUACGACAGUGACGAUGACUUUGAUCAGCUCAUGGACGAUGCCGACGAGCAGGCACUCCGCUACAUUGAAGAGUUUUCGGUUGGCAACCCUCAGUUCCGCGCUCUAACAGAGGAUCACGUUCGGGCCAGUCAGAUCCUCCGAGGACAGAUGUCCAACAAGCGGGUAGCGUCCAAAAAGGCGCUUGCCCAGCUACAGAGCGUGGACUUGGACACCUUGCCCGAAACGGAACGCACUUGCGUUAUCUGCUAUAAUGAUUUCGGCGUGCCGAACCCAGAAGGCAUCAACGAGGCUCCGCUUCGUCUACCCGCCUGUAAGCACGUCUUUGGUGACCACUGCAUCAAGAAGUGGUUUGAGGAGUCGGACAGUUGUCCAUACUGCCGCGACAAGGUCCACUCGGAACCUGUCUUUCCCCCGAGUUACCGUGCGAUCCAUACCAUGCUACGCUCUUCGUUGCUGCGGAGCAGGCUGCCCCCCAGCAACGGGGCUUUGACUUUCGGCGAUGAGGAGGCUCUGGCCCGGCUCAUGACGCAAGACCGCGAUGCCGCCCGUCUCAUGGCACACCAAGACCGGGGACCUGACGGCGCUGCCCAGAGGAGCUCCCACACAGGGGAACGGCGGUCACCGCCCUCUGAGGCAUCGGAAAACCGGAGGCGAACUAGGGCUCGCCACGGUAGCUUCCGUGCCUCAUCAUCAGCCGGCCCACUCGCUGGCCGUCCACCGACCUCUCACACAGCUGGGGGCCCGUCGCCUCCGCAGCAGAGCCCGCCUCGUGAGCGUGUAAUGCCCCCUGGUCUCUCGCAUUGGGCUCAUCAAUUCCCAUUGGAUCCGAAUGGACCACUGACAAUGCCCAUGGCAAGACAGUCCGUCCCAAGCAGCCAGCGCGCGUAUUUCAGCCACAUGAACCUGGGCCGACCCCCUAGCUUCUUUCCGCCCAUGGAGUCGCAGGGGAUGACUUCGAAUCACAUGGUACUCGGCAGUAGCUCGCUAAAUCACCCAUUCAAUUCUUUGCCUUACCCCGGCCCCAGCAACGGGGGGCCGGCGGGUACCGCUUCAACGCCGCCGUCAGCAUAUCCCGGGGGACCACCCCAAGCCGCUACGUUUUCACAGCAACUUCCUCCAGUCAUGGCACUCGAGGCAUCCUUCACGGUUCCUUCAACCACAGACAAUGGGGGGCCGAAUGCUGCCGGGGGGGAGGGUAUGUUGCAGUAG